GUCCUAGAUGAUGUGGAUAAUGUUAACCAAUUGGAGUUCCUGACCGCAACAGAUGAAUGGUAUGGUCCAGGAAGUAGAAUCAUUGUAACCACUAGAGACGAGCAUUUGUUAGCAGAUGCACAUUCCAUAUACAAGCCUAAUUGUUUACUUAUGGAUCAAGCUGUUAAGCUUUUCAGUAGGCAUGCUUUUCGGCAUAAUAGCCCUCCUGAAGGUACAAGCAGCUGUCAUAUCGUGCAAUACAGUACACUGGCUAUCUUCCUCUAGCCCUGAAAGUUCUAGGAUCAUUCUUCCGUGGAAGACAAGCAAACGUGUGGGAAAGUGCAUUAAACAGACUUGUCAAAGCACCGGAUAAAGACAUUUUUGGUUCACUGAAGUUGAGUUUCGACGGGCUAGAUGAUUCUGAGAAAAAUAUAUUCCUAGACAUUGCAUGUUUCUUCAAGGGAAAAGAUAUAGAAUGUGUGACUAGAAUACUCGAUAGCUUUGGUUUUAAUCCRAUUAUAGGRAUUAGUAUUCUAAUCCAAAAAUCUCUUAUCACCGUMUCAAAUAAAAAGAUAGGCAUGCAUGAYCUCAUACAAGAAAUGGGUUGGAAAAUUGUUCGUCAGAGUUUAUCUAAUAGCAGACUAUGGGAACUAGAAGAAAUCCGUGAUGUCCUUGAAAGAAAUAGGAAACUAAAAAACAUUGAAGCCAUAGUACUGCCAGCCAAAAGAUUCAGCCUUCAUGAUUACGAACCUUACGACCGUGAGAGGUUGGGUUUUAGUGAUGAAGUUUUUAGAAGGAUGGAGAAUCUUCGAUUUCUUGUUGUUGAUCACUUGCGGUGGCAAUGCAUUUCUCGUGAGCCUACCUUUCUCCCGCAUAAGCUACGGUGGCUUUGUUGGCAUCACUACCCGUUUUCUUCUCUGCCAGUAGAACAUAUGCGUAAACUUGUUGGGCUUGAAAUGUUUGAUGGCAUGAUCAAACAUCUAUGGAAGGGACCAAAGGUUCUACCAAAUAUGAAGUUUAUUGACCUCGGUUAUAUGGGGCACCUAACAAGUUUUCCAGACGUCUCAGCAGCCCCAAAUAUUGAGAGGUUGAUUUUAUCGGAUUGUCAUAAUUUGGUGGAGGUUCAUCCGUCUCUUGGAUUUCAUAGAAGGCUUGUUUACUUGGACAUGAGCAGAUGCACGAAGCUCAAGUGUCUCCCAUUUACGAUCGGGAUGGAAUCCUUAGAGACUUUAAUUUUCUCUGGUUGCUUCAGUCUUGAAAGAUUUCCGGAAGUCACACCAUCUAUGGUUAAGUUAUCAGAGUUAUAUCUUAAUAAUUGUAUUCGAGUAGAGGAACUGCCAUCAUCAAUUAGAUAUUUGUCUGGUCUAAGAGUCUUGAAUCUGAUAGGAUGGUCUAAAGCACCUCCAACUCCGCAACUGCGAGAAACUGGAAAAAUUACCAGAGGAGCUUGGAAGCAUGGAAAACUUAGAAGAGCUUUUACUAGGAUUACCUGA